AUGACUCCGAAUCCACACGUCGGCAUCAUCGGCGCAGGUAUUUCAGGUCUCCGCUGCGCCGACAUCCUCAUCCAAAAUGGAGCUCGAGUAACAAUUCUCGAAGCAAGAGAUCGAAUUGGAGGCAGAGUGCACCAAUCAACGGUUGGAGACCAUGUGGUGGAUCUCGGUCCCAACUGGAUCCAUGGCUCGGGAGAAAACCCCAUCAUGACCAUAGCGGAAGAAACGGGAUCUGCUAUGUAUGAUGCCGAGUGUGGAGGCAAUAUCGCUUUCUCGCGCGAUGGCGACCUCAUCAACGAAGAAACAAGCGCUAAAGUCCAAGACUUUGUUUGGACUACUAUAGCGGAAGCUUUCCAGUACAGCAAUCAGCAUGGAGAAACCAUUCCUGUGGAGAAAAGUCUGUUCGAUUUCUUCUGCGAGCGAAUUGAGCACACAUCCUUCUCGGACGAAGAGAAACAGCUCUGUCUCGAUUCCUGUAGAUUGUGGGGUGCAUACGUCGGCGACCAAAUUGACAAGCAAAGUCUGAAGUUCUUCCGUCUGGAAGAGUGCGUCGACGGAAGUAACUUUGUCGUGGCAUCCACAUACAAAGCUAUUCUCAACCACAUCUCCAAAACCGCCCUUGAAAAAGCCGACAUUCAUCUCAACGAGCCCGUGACAAACAUCACUGCUCCUCCCCGCAACAAAUCCCCAUGCACCCAGGUAACCGUAACAACUCGUCACGGAAAAAGCUACGCCUUCGACGAAGUCGUCGUAACCUGUCCACUGGGCUGGCUGAAGCAAAACACCACCGCAUUCACACCACCCCUCCCACCCCGCCUCCAGCAAGCAAUCGCCAACAUCUCCUACGGCAGACUGGAAAAAGUCUACGUGACCUUUCCCCGCGCCUUCUGGCACACCGAACAAGACCAGAAAGACAACACCAGUACCAGCACUGGCAUUACUACGCAAACCAAACCCCAAAACAAGCACACAAACCCCGUCUUCGUCCAAUUCCUCGAACCAUCCUACGCCCCUCACCCAGCAAACAUAGAAUGGAACCAAGAAUGUCUCUCCUUCGCCGCUCUCCCCUCCCCACACGCCCACCCAACCCUCCUCUUCUACACUUACGGCUCAAGCGGCACUGAGAUAGUAAAUAGCAUCUCGCAUCUCCACCCUUCAUCGCCGGAAUACAAGGCUAAAUUGGUCGAAACACUGCAUCCCUACUACUCACGGCUGCCGGGGUAUGAUGCCGAGGAUGCCGGGUGCGUGCCGACGGCUGUGCUGGCUACACAAUGGCAGAAGGACGAGUAUGCGGGUCAUGGGUCGUAUUGUAAUUUCCAGGUUGGGGUGAAGGAGGCGGAUAAGGAUAUCGAGGUUAUGAGGUGUGGGGAUGGGAUUGGGAGGGAGAGGGGUUUGUGGUUUGCUGGGGAGCAUACGGCGCCGUUUGUUGCGUUGGGGACUACGACGGGGGCGUUUUGGAGUGGUGAGAGGGUUGCGAAGGCGGUUUGUGAGAGGCUUGGGUUGAGGGGGGUUGGGGGGUUGGGGGUUAGGGAUGAUUCUUUGCCUUCUAUUGGGGGGUGGUCUGCGAGGGGGUGA